AUGCUCCACAACAUUCCAAUUAUAACAACAACACUCACUUUCAGAAGUGUCAAAACUGGAGGUCCCACCACUCACCACAUCAUGAUGAACACAAAUCAUCGAAGGUCUUCCGCCGCAACAACAACCACAUCGUCAAAAUCAGCAACAAGACUUGUUUCCUCCCUAUACCUACUCCUCUCCAUACUCUUUCUAUUUUGCUGCUGCUGUUUGUUAGACGAGACCCAUGCUCUUCUUGGACCCAAUCCGUACUAUUGCAACGGUAUUGCCAGUACAAGCCCUUCGGUGUGUGGAGGAAAAGGACUCUGUGUUGGCACCAACACUUGUCUCUGUAAAGACAUUACUGCCACAAACACACUCAUCUCGCCUGGCAAAUUACUGGUCGGGCAAAGUCUCGUCUCAAGUAAUGGCUUGUACCGAGCCGAGAUGGGAUCGAACGGAAACUUUAUUGUAUUUGGAUCGAGUUUGUGGCAAUCCAACACGGGAGGAAGUGGUAAUUAUUUGGAUCUUUCUUCAGGGGGUGAUCUUGCUGUGAAAUCAGUGCUUGGCAUUGGCUUAUCGGUGUUGACAUUGGUGUCGAAUUUACUCAAUAGUUUACCUCCCUAUCGAUUGAUCAUGCAGAAUGAUGGAAAAUUGGUAUUGUACGAUUCCAAUGGUAAGGUUGUGUGGAACUCCCCUACUGGCUCCUCUUCACCUCCAACCGCAGAAAAUAUUCAAUAUGGAGGUACAUCUUGUUCGAAUCCAAUCUGUGGUGGUCUCUUAUCGACGGCUCUUGGCGUCUGUUCAGGCAAUGGUACAUGCACCGCUCCAGGUUCUUGUCUCUGUAAUUCUGGUUUCACAGGUCAACUUUGCGACACUUUCCUAUGUAAUGGAUUAUCUGCGCUGAAUCCUCUCGCCUGUUCAGGACAUGGAAUUUGUAAUGGACCUGAUUCAUGCACAUGUGAUUCUGGAUUUUUUGGACCUGUAUGUGAUUUAUUUAGCUGUGCUGGUGAGCUUGUGAACAGUACCAAUGUUUGUAGUCAGCAUGGUUCUUGUAUUGCUCCAAAUUUGUGCUCAUGCUUGAAUGGAUACUCAGGAUCAGAAUGUAAUCUUUUCAGUUGUAAUGGAAUUUUGUCCAAUAUCACAAACUUGGUGUGUAAUAACCAUGGAACAUGUCAGUCUCCAGAUCAAUGCAUUUGUGAAAACAAUUACUUUGGAGUGAAUUGCGAUUUGUUUGAUUGCUUUGGUCUACUCAAAAACAACUCUCUUGUAUGUUCUGGAAAGGGUCUUUGUGCUGGACCAGACAGUUGUUUGUGUGAUUCUGGAUUCUUUGGUCCAGUGUGUGAUCUAUUCCAAUGUUUUGACAAGUUACAUAAUGCCAGUAACGUUUGUAGCGGACAUGGUGUUUGUGUGGGUCCAGACCAAUGUCUUUGUUUUCCUGGUUAUAUAGGCAGUCAAUGUGAACAUGUUGCAUGUAAUGGAAUUCUCUCCAAUUUGACAGGACUUGUCUGUGGAGGACAUGGUACCUGUGCAGCUCCUGAUAACUGUAUUUGUGAUGGUGGUUUCUUUGGCAUUAAUUGUGACCUGAGACAGUGCUUUGGCUUAUUAAGCAACAACUCUCUUGUUUGCUCUGGAAAAGGCCUUUGUAAUGGGCUAGAUAACUGUGUGUGUGAUUCAGGAUUCUUUGGACCAGUGUGUGACCUAUUCCAAUGUUUUGACAAGUUACACAAUGUCAGUAACGUUUGUAGCGGACAUGGAGUUUGUGUAGGCCCAGAUCAGUGUCUUUGUUUUCCUGGAUAUAUUGGUAGUCAGUGUGAACAUGUUGCAUGUAAUGGAAUUCUCUCAAAUCUAACAGGACUUGUCUGUGGAGGACAUGGUACCUGUGCAGCUCCUGAUAACUGUAUUUGUGACAACGAUUUCUUUGGCAUUAAUUGUGACCUGAAACAGUGCUUUGGUCUGUUAAGUAACAACUCCCUCGUUUGUUCCGGAAAAGGUCUCUGCAAUGGCCUCGACAGUUGUCUGUGUGAUUCUGGAUUCUUUGGACCAGUUUGUGAUCUUUUUAAUUGCUCUGGUAAGCUAGCAUCUGCUCUUGACGUCUGCAGUGGUAAUGGUUUGUGUGGCGGCCCAGACAAGUGUAUCUGUAACUCUGGAUUUUUUGGAGAGCUUUGUGACAUUAUUGAAUGUGGAGGCGUUCUCUCCAAUCUCUCAAAUGUGUGUAACUCCAAGGGUAACUGUAUUGCUCCAAACCUUUGUUCAUGCUUACCCAAUGUGUUUGGCGAAAAUUGUGAUGUUUUCAAGUGCUUUGGUCUAUUCAGUAAUAACUCUCUUGUGUGUGGUGGAAAUGGAAUUUGUGGUGACACUGACAGUUGUAUUUGUUUACCUGGUUUCACUUCAUCAGACUGUACCAUUGAUAUCAGACCAUUCUCAAUUUCAUUAUCUACUUCACAAGCAUUUGUGUUACGGAAUGAAACAUCCUUCUCCGUAUCCAUUCUACCCUCUAUUUCACUUGUACCAGGUUUGCAAUUUGGUUGGGUUUGUGAUAAUUGUGGAGAGAAUGAGGAACAAGUAUUUUUGAGUGGAAAAAACCUUCAAUCUUUGACUAUUAAUCCAAGUGUCUUACCGUUCCCAGGAAGUUACAUUUUCAAGGCCAAUGCCUCCGUCUUCAAUGGCUUGUUGUAUCCAAGUCGACUUUCUAACCUUGUGACAUUUAAUUUAACUCUUGUCAAUGAUAUUCACUUGGUGUGUUUGGUGAAUUGCAGCAACAACAUCAUUCCUGGAAAUAACAACAACACCACCAACUCUGGUCCUUCUCUCAUUCAAAUUGGUCUACCAAAAUUCAUUGUCCGGGCAAAAGAUCAAGCAUUGACCACUCUUGAUAUCAACUCAGCCAUUACAGGUUUACAAUCCACCUCGUUGCAAUGUGCUCUUCCUCUUGUCUUUGAUUGGACGCUCAUUGAACAAACAGCCACGACUUCCACUGUGAUUGCUUCCAAGUUCGGACAGAGUCCACUCUCCAUUCCAGUAUUGCCUCCAUCGAAUCCACCUAUUUCAAGUUCCUUACUCUCAAUUAUUCCAACGCAAGGUGUUGCAUUGACAGAUCAAUUCAAUAUUCAAUUCACGCCAUGGCAAGCUGAUUCGGCACUGUUGCCAUUGAAAUAUGCUCUUGGAUUCGUUGAUGAACAAUUGCAACAACAGAUUCGAUUGACCGAGUUCACUACUUCGACAACCAUCUCAACAAUUUUACCAUUCUUGAAGAACAAUGCUACCACUGGAUUAUUUAAGCCAGUAGUGUUUGUCAUGGAUAAACUUGGAACUAUUGAAAAAGUUGCAAUUCCUCAAACGUUGGCUCAAGUUCAAAGAUUUGUUGGAAGUACUACUGAGUUAUUACAAAAAGCAGCAAAUUCGACAAUUGCUGCAUUUGAUGGAUCUUUCUCAUUGUUGGAUCCUUUGGAACAAACCAAAUUCAUUAUUCAAGCUGCAAAGGAUAUCAAGAUUGACGUAAAAGAUCCACUACAUGCAUUGGCUAAAUUAGUCUAUCUUUCCACUAAUCAAACCUUGCUGACCAAAGACAUUGUCUUAUCCUUAACUGACAAGUUAAUUGAUUUUGUAAAUUCCACGACCACUGUGUACAAGAGUGAAAGAUCAUUAUUUGGAAGAGUGAGCUCCAAAAUUUCAGAAACCAACAUGUUAACAACACUGAGUAUUGCCUCAAACAUACUUUCUUCACAAGUAGCAUCUCAGACUACCAUAGACGUCAUUGAGCAAUUGGUUUCAAUGAUUUUGUUAGGAGAAGAAGCAGUUCCUUUGACCACUCGUGAACUUCCGACCAAGACCUAUGCUUCCUCUGGUUUUAACAUUGUUGUUUCCAAAUUUAGAUUCAAUGGUGACACUUCAUUUGAUGGAUUGAAUACGUUUACAGUGGAUGGUAUUCAAGUGCUUCGUUUGAACAUUUCCUAUCUGUUGUCCAAGUAUAACGCAUUUUCUAAAGAUAUUGGAAUUUCAUUUAUUCGUUUCACAGACAAUACUGCUCUCUCUGGUAUUUACACAUCCACUCAAAACAGAACCAUGAUUUCCAACAUUAACGACAUUCGAUUCUACCUCAAUGAUGCAGUACUCAUUCUUCAAGAUUUAGAACAACCACUCUUCCUGACCUUCCCAACAAUUGUUCCUAUUAAUUCCAACUCUUCUCAAAAGGAUUUCAUCUCUUGCAGAUAUUGGGAUAAUCAAUUAUUAACAUGGAGUAGCUCUGGAUGUUUAUUGCUUGACAUUACUGGCUCGUCUUCUCAAUGUUCUUGCAAUCACACCACCAUGUUUUCGACCUUCUUAGAAAGAAACUCGUCACAAGUCAUCUUUGCUCCAGAUUAUGUCUUUGACACGACUGUGGUCUUGUAUUAUUGUCAAGCAGUGUUUGGAUUUAUCAUGCUCCUGUUAAGCUCUUAUAUUUUAGUGUGGUUGAUUCUGUAUAGAAAAGAGCAACCAGUAGCAAGUCGAUUGGUAACACCUUAUUUGGGUAUUAUUGCUCUCAUGAUUGAAAGUUCUAUUGCUUAUGCCGUUCAAAGAAGUGUAUUACUUGCUGGAAUUUAUGAAACUGCAAGCGAAAGUAGAAGAAAUGAUUUUGAUUUGGCAGCUAAUAUCAUUGCCAAUGUUGUGACCAUUGUUGUGAAUACUCUCAAUUUGACAGCAAUUUUUGCUUACUUGAUUCAAGUCUGUCGAUAUCAACUCAUGAAAUAUCUUCACAAAUUCUUACACAUGAUUAGAGGAAAAGAACAGGAUUUGGAGAAGAAGUUAAAACUAUUGAGAUUUAUCACAUCGAAUGGUGUCUUUGCAACCAGUCUCAUUAUUUUCGCCAUUCUCAAUUUAUGUUAUUGGUCUCUUUGGGUAGCAUUGAGAAGAUCAUUCAUGAUUGAUGCAGAAACGUAUACAUAUAUUGUUUCUGUUUCAUAUACAUUUGUUUCAUUAAGUUUGGGAGGUCUCAUUUCAUUGGUUGCAUUAUUCGAUUUGAUUCUAUCCAUUUCGAAUCAAAGAUCUUCCUCAAAAAAGAAAAACGCUUCUCCUUCUGCAAGUAGUGCACAUAUUGACGUGACAAGUAUUGGUGCUUCAGACAAUCAAACAAAGAAGAAGGCAGAAUCUCCAUUGAAGAGAAUACGAGAUUGGUUUGUCACAUUGGAUGGUCCUUUGUAUUUUAGAAUUGAAAUGAUGAUUUAUGUUUUGAGUUUCAUUUUCCUCGUUGUGAAUCAAGCCAUUGGACUUUCCACUCUGAGUAUGAGAACCAAUGGAGAAUCCAUUACUCGAAUGUUCAAUCCUGUGGUCAUUUUGGAUACCAUUACAUUUGUAUUUGAAAUUCUGUAUGCUGUGAGUUACUUGUUUGUGUUUGGAGGAUUUUCUCUACUCGUUGCUGCAAGAUAUAUUCACAGUCGAAAGAAGCAGGGACAAAAGAAAGCAACAGGUGCGAAUAACAAACAAGACGAUGAAGUGAAUGAAGAAUUACAACUUGUUCUUGAUCAUGAAGAAGGAAAGGCAUUGUUUGAAAAACAAGCCAUUAAGGAAUUGGCCUCUGAAAACUUUUACAUUUAUUAUGACAUUAUGGAAAAUAAGAAGAUUGUGAAAGUAGGAAAUAUUAGUGACAUUACUUUAUUCAUAGCCCAUUUGUAUUCCAAGUAUAUCAAAUCGUAUGCAUUGGCAGAAGUGAAUAUUCCUUCCAAAUGUAAAAACAAUUUUAUUGAUGUCUAUAAGAGACUGUUGGUCAUGGCUAAAGGUUCUGAAGCUGCCUCUCUGCAACACAUUAUUGACGAUUGCAAUCAUUUCGGAUUGAACAAGACAGGAAGUAAUCACUUCUCAAUGGACCCAAUGGUAGAGAAUGAUGGUCAGCAAUUGUCUACAUUGUGUAACAAAGUGGAGGAAAUGUUGGACAAUUUGCGACAAGAAAUUUUGACCAACUUGAGUGACACCUUCUCGAGAUUUGUUUUGACCGACGAGUACAAAUUCUUCUUGCGUUGUGUCGAUCUUCAACAGCAAAUGAGAGAAAUUACAUACUUUAAGUAA